AUGCAACGAGUAGCGACUGUUCACGGCGGGGAGCCGAACCCGUUGGAUAGCAAUGGGCUCUGUCUACUUUCCCUCGAUGGCGGGGGUGUGCGCGGACUGUCGACCCUGUAUGUCUUGAAAGGGCUGAUGGACCGACUGAAUCAGGCACGCCCCGCAAAUUCACCAGCAAAGAAGCCGUGCGAGGUGUUUGACCUGAUUGGCGGCACUAGUACAGGCGGAUUGAUUGCAAUCAUGCUAGGUCGAUUGGAGAUGGAUGUUGAUGAAUGCAUCGCGGCAUAUAUUAAGUUAAUGAAAAUGAUUUUUGACAAGCCCUCAAAACCGGGCCUAUUGGGCAUUUUUGGCAAGAUCAAGCCCGUAUUUGAUGCCAAAAAGCUCGAGGAUGCAAUCAACGAAGUCAUCAACGAUUGUGGAGCUAAGCCGACCGAUUUAUUCAAUGAUGAAGCUGGCUGGGGUUGCCGGGUAUUCGUCUGUAGCAUCACUCAAGAGAAUAAGGAUAUUGUGCGGCUUCGCAGCUACGGUGGUGAUUCCGGAAUUCAGGCCACCAUCUGCCAGGCCGCCCGUGCAACCUCCGCCGCCACUACUUUCUUCGACCCUGUGUCGAUCGGGGCACGCAGAUUCGCGGAUGGUGCGCUCGGGGCCAAUAACCCUGUGGAUGAGGUGGAAGGCGAAGCGUCUGAUAUUUGGUGUAAAGAAACAGGUGACCUAAAACCGCUGGUGAAGUGCUUCAUCUCGAUCGGCACCGGCCACCCCGGGAAGAAGGCAAUGGAGGACAACCUGUUUAAGUUUGCUUCGAAAACCCUACCAGCACUCAUCACCCAAACUGAACAUACGGAGAAGCGAUUCAUCGCUAAGUGGCGACAGCAUUAUGAUAACAAGCGGUAUUUCCGAUUCAAUGUGGACCAGGGGUUACAGGACGCCGGGCUGGCGGAAUUUCAGCAGCAAGGUUUGAUUGAGUCAGCGACAGAAGGGUAUCUCGAUCACCAGGCAGUGGCAUUGCGAGUGCGGGAUUGUGUUGAGAAUCUGAAAUCAAAGCAAGGUGCAACCGACCUCAAUUUUACUGAAGACAUUCGGCAGUAUCAAAAGAAUCUAGCCUUUAGGGGAAAAUGGAAGGGCCGUGCCCGGUGGCAGGUGCCAUUUGAACGAAACAUCAAGUUCACAGGCCGUGAGGAACUUCUUAGCGACCUGACACAAAAGCUGGAACAGGACUCAGAUACCACCAAAAAGAGUGCAAUCAUAGGCCCCGGUGGUAUGGGCAAGACACAGCUAGUACUUGAGCUAGCCCACCGCAUUCGAAGACAGUACGCGGUCUUUUGGAUUCCCGUUAACAGCAUGGCCAACCUCCAAACAGCAUAUCACAAGGUGGCUCAAAACCUUCGCCUCUCCGGCUGCGAAGAGAGCGGUGCCGAUAUCCUAGAACUAGUCCAAACAUAUCUCAGUGAUGAGACUAUUGGCCCAUGGCUGCUAGUAUUCGAUAAUGCCGAUGACAUAGAUAUGUGGACAUCCCCACUCACGCCUGGGGCUGGAGCCAAGCGCCUGAUUGAUUACAUGCCCCGAAACAGGUAUGGGGCAAUUAUAUGGACCACGCGCGAUCGCAAGCUAGCAACAGAAGUUGCUCGAGAAAAUGUGGCGUCUGUGCAGCAAAUGGACGAGUCCGGGGCCUCAGAAAUGAUGCGGAACUAUCUGAUUUAUCCUAGCCGGAUCGAAAAGGAUGAGUCUUUGUUAACAGGCUUACUGCAGAAGCUUACAUAUCUUCCACUCGCAAUUGUUCAAGCUGCAGCGUAUAUCAAUGUGACCGGGGAAUCACUCAAGAAUUAUGAAGCACUCUUGUCCAGUCAAGAUGACGAGGCGAUUGAGAUCCUAAGUGAACAAUUUGAAGAUGACGACAGAUAUACAGACAUGGAGAAUGCAGCGGCUAAAACAUGGCUCAUCUCAUUUGAGCAGAUCCGUCGCCGUAGCUCUCUGGCGUUCAAAUACCUAGGAUUCAUGGCCUGUGUGGACUCUAAAGACAUUCCCCGGUCGUUGCUACCGCCUUCCGAGAGGUCAUCGCUUAAAAAGCAGAUCGAUGCGAUUGGUAUCCUUGAUGCGUUCUCAUUCAUCACUAGACACGAGGAUGGAUCGGCGUUUGAUCUACAUUGUCUGGUACAUCUAGUAACGCGGGGGUGGCUGAAAAAGAACGGAGAGUUGCCAGCUUUCCACGAACAAGCGGUUAUGCGACUGAGUGAGGUACUGUCAGAUACUAGCGAAAAAAAUCAGAUGCAUCGGCGGCUAUACAUAGCCCAUGCACAAUACGCAGUGUGCGUAGAAAAGAAGUGCAGCAAGGAAGAAGUUGAUCUUGCAGGAAAAUGUGGCGCCUGUCUGAGAUAUGACGGGCGAUAUCGCGAAGCAAAGUCGAUGUAUCAGAUAGUCCUCGAGUAUCGGGAGAAGGUGCUAGGACCAGACCAUCCAGAUACGCUUACUAGCGUCAGCAACCUUGCUUUAGUGCUUUCCCGCCUGGGUGAGUACGAAGAGGCCGAAGCUCUACACCAGCGGGCCUUACAAGACCGAGAGAGGAUACUAGGGCCGGACCACCCAGAUACGCUUAUUAGCUUCAACAACCUUGCUUCAGUGCUUACCCGCCAGGGUGAGUACGAAGAGGCCGAAGAUCUACACCGGUGGGCGUUACAAGACCAAGAGAGGGUACUAGGGCCAGACCACCCAGAUACACUUAUUACCGUUAAUAACCUUGCUUCAGUGCUUACCCGCCAGGGUGAGUACGAAGAGGCCGAAGCUCUACACCGGCGGGGCUUACAAGGGUCAGAGGGGAUACAAGGGCCAGACCACCCAGAUACGCUUGUUAGCGUCAGCAACCUUGCUUCAGUACUUAACCACCGGGGUGAGUACGAAGAGGCCGAAGCUCUACACCGGCGGGCCUUAAAAGAUCGAGAGAGAGUACUAGGGCCAGGCCAUCCAGAUACGCUUACUAGCGUCAGCAACCUUGGUUCAGUGCUUACCUACCAAGGUAAGUACGAAGAGGCCGAAGCUCUACACCGGCGGGCGUUACAAGACCGAGAGAGGAUACUUGGGUCAGGCUAUCCAGAUACGCUUAUUAGCGUCAGCAACCUUGCUUUAGUGCUUACCCGCCAGGCUAAGUACGAAGAGGCCGAAGCUCUACACCGGCGGGCGUUACAAGACCGAGAGAGGAUACUAGGGCCAGACCACCCAGACACGCUUAUUAGCGUCAGCAACCUUGCUUCAGUCCUCACCCGCCAGGGUAAGUACGAAGAGGCUGAAGCUCUACACUGGCGGGCGUUACAAGGGUCAGAGAAGGUACUAGGGUCAGGCCAUCCAGAUACGCUUGUUAGCGUCAGCAACCUUGCUUCAGUGCUUACCCGUCAGGGCAAGUAUGAAGAGGCCGAAGCUCUACACCGGCGGGCGUUACAAGACCAAGAGAGGAUACUAGGGCCAGACCACCCACAUACGCUUCUUAGCGUCAGCAACCUUAGUUCAGUGCUUACCCACCAGGGCAAGUACGAAGAGGCUGAAGCUCUACACCAGCGCAAUCCAUAG